GGGUGGAUGCAGGAGGGUUUGGCCACAGCCCUUGGGCUGAGAGCUGCUUUCUUGGUGGGGCUGUGCUCCUAACCCACGCUGCCUGGAGGCAGGUGGGCAGCCCCACUCCCUGAGCGCCCACAGGCACCCCGAGGGGUGGUGGGGGCUCAAACCGAGGACCAAAGGGUGGCUGCAUCCCAGGGACGGUGCAUGUGCAUGUCCAUGUGCGGUGUGGCCGUGCCUCUGCGUGCGGCAGCCCUGGGGCUCUGCCUGCUAUCCCGGGGUGGGGAGAGCUCAUCCUGCUCCAGCUGAGUGUUGCUUCUAGCCCUGGCCACGUGCAGCACUUGGGCACUUUCUCCUGAGACAAGACAGUUUGUUUUUCUUGCUAAUUUAAUUCCUGGUAAUUUAAUGUCUGGAUCUGACACCCCCUCCCCCUUUCCUGGUGAAGGUCUGACCCCCUUCUUCCCUUCCCACUUCUGUAAGACUCCGGAAUAAAACAAUAUGGAUCAGAAUAAAACAGUACAGAUCAGAAUAAAAUAGUGUGGAUCAGAAUAAUGUAGUGUGGAUCCCUCUGUGCCCAGCACGGCCAGAGCUGGGUAUCGGCAUUCUCUGCAUGUCAGUGACUCCCAAAGGCCUAUAGCUGGUUCUGCUGGCUGCAGUUCUUGUCUCACUGCGCCCUCUGUGGGGCUCGAGCUGUGGGGCACAGCAUCAGGGCUCCUCAUACUCCUCCACCCCCCCCCCGCUUAGGCUUGCUGCCUUGCUUGCGGGUGCUGUGUGGCAGGAUGGAGCCCUCACAGAGCCAAGAGCGCCCUGGGACAGUCUGGCACCGGGUUUAACGCGACCAGCGGGUGCUUCGUAGCGUGGCAGCGACUGAGGCUGGAUAGGAGGAGCGCAAGGAAGAAAACGUAUCUGUGGACAGGACGGGGAGAGCCGGGAGGGCGCGGCCGGCACGCUGCGACCGGGAGAGCGCGCGGGGCAUCCAGCUUUGCGCCGGAGUCCUUCGUGGGCCCCUUCUGGUGCGGCCGGCAGGAGCGGUGCCGGGGGUCGGUCUUUUGCCUCGGUCCGCCGCUGCCGCUCUUAUCCGGCCCGAGGUGAGAGCGGGAGGAGGGGCCCCGGAACGGGCUCGCGUUGCGGCCCCCCGAGCCGUACCGCACCGCCCCGCCGGCGCCGGGACCGGGGCCGACACCCAUGGGAGCAGCGGAUCCUCCCGGGGCGGAGCCGAGGCGGGGCGGGGCCGUUCGGGGCCGUAAGAGGAGCGGGGCGGCCGCGCUCACCCCCCCACCCCCCGUCCCGGCCAUGGACUCCCUGCGCGGCCCCGCGCCGCCGCCGCCGCCGCCCCCCCCCGGCGCUGCCCUCCCCCCCAGCAGCCGUGCGGGGCGAGCGGUUGCGGGCGCUGCACUGGGAACCGCUGUCCGCGGCGCGGGUGCGGGGCCGCCGCUCGGUGUGGGCGCCGCGAACCCCCCCGCCGGCCCUGGACCUCCCCCGUCUUCGGCUGCUGUUCCGGGAGCCCCGCGGCGCGUCCCCGGGGCAGCGCCCGCCGCCCGUGGUGAGAGGCGGACGGACCGCCGCGUCUCCGUUGCCGCGCCCCGCGCUCUGACCGCGCCGCACCCGCAGGCAGCGCUGCUGGAGCCCAAGCGGAGCAUCGCCCUCGGCGUCCUCCUGAAGCAGCUCAAGCGCCCGGUGCGGCAGAUCGUGCGGGACAUCGAGGAGGGCGUCGGGGCGCCGUACGGCGCGGAACUGCUGCUGGAGCUGUCCCGGCUGCUGCCCGGCGCCGUGGAGGUGAGCCUCGGGGUGGGGGAACCCCCGGCGGCCCCCUCUGACUGCCCGCUCCCCCGUCCCCGCCCGCAGGUGUCCCGGCUGCGCGCUUUCUCUGGCUGCCCCCAGCAGCUGCCCGAGCCCGAGCUCUUCAUGCUGCUGCUGCUGGAGGUGCCCAGCUACGCGCAGCGCCUGGAGCUGAUGGUGCUGCAGGAGGAGUUCUCCCCGCGACUCAGCGCGCUCCGCGCCUCCAUCCAAAUCCUCGCCGACGCCGCGGAGGAGGUGGUGCGGUGCGAGGAGCUGCACGCGGUUCUGCAUCUCGUCCUGAGCGCGGGGAACCACCUGAACGCGGGCGGCUACGCGGGCAGCGCCGCCGGGUUUCGCCUGGCCUCGCUGCGGAGGCUGCCCGACACCAGGGCCAACGUGCCGGGCGUGGACCUGCUGCACUUCGUGGCCAUGGAGGCGGCACGGACCGACCGACGCCUGUUGGACUUCCCGAGCAAACUGCCGCACGUGGGCCCGGCCUCGCGGAUCGAAGAGGCGGAGGUGGAGGCGGAGCUGCGGCGGCUGUCGGCGCGCGUGGCGGAGGCGCGGGGUGCGGGAGCGGCGCUGUGCGCGGCGCUGCGGCCGUUCGUGCGGGCGGCGGAGGCGGAGCUGCGCGCGGUGCGGGCGGAGAGGGAACGGAUGUGCGGAGCCGCGGCGGCAGCGCUCGACUUCUACUGCGAGGAGGCGGCGCCGGGCGCGCUGCGGGAGCUGUGUGCGGUGCUGCACGGCUUCGCGGGCCGCUUCCUGAGCGCCGUGCAGGAGAACCGCGCCCGGGAGCAGUCCCAGCGCCGGCGGCAGCAGCUCGAGCUGCAGCGGGACAAGCGGCGCUCCGUCGCCACGUGUUCGUUGCGGGACGCGGAGCCCGACGGAUCCGGCCGACCCCUCCGCAACGCUCCGGCGCUGCUCCGGCGGAAUACGGCCCCGGCGCUCCCCGAGCUGCGGGGCGACCCCGGAUCCCCGCGGCCCGAGACGUUCCCCUCCGCUCCGCCUCCCUCCGCCCCCCCGCCCCCCUCCCGCCUCGCCGCGCUGUUCUCUCGAUGGGGGUCCCGCCGCGCUCCCCCCGCGCCGUCGGGCGGCCCCGCGCUGCUCGGCUUUUUGCGGCGCCUGGCGGGCGGGGCGGCGCGCGGAGCCCCCUCGAGCUGAGAGCCGGCGGGUUUUAUCCUCCCCUGUGCUUCUGUGUGACGAUAAUAAAUGCUUUGGACCUCC